AAUGACACUGUUCCUGCCUCCACGUUGGAAAGAAUGGCCGAGGUGCAACGUGAAUUUCUCCGCAACGGCUGGUUGACAUACACCGUGUGCAAAAAUGUGUUCCGGAAUAGCAGCGAUUACAAUGGAGACUAUGACCGCUUGCGUUCUACCGCUGAGGAAGAGGUGCACGACGAACGUGACCUGUUCACAAGAACUGAAUUCCUUCUCGUGGCCAGCGCAUCCGACGGAAACGCUAGGAAGAGCCUAAUCGAGUUGUUAAGGGAAGUUCGAUCGUCCGACUUACAAUGUCAGUACACGAGAGACAAGUGCUUCGGGGUUUUGGCCAUGGUCGACUGGGAGGGAGAAGCACCUCUCAUGCCGGAUUAUGAAAAUGACGAUUUCGAGGUCGUUGUGGAGGUGUUGGAGGUGAUGCAGAGAAGGAAAACUUGCGCCUUGACCAUCCCAACCUUAAUUGGUACGAGAAGGUGGAAGAAGUCGGCGAGAUACUCGAAGUGUUCGACACUAAGAUUUCCUCCUCAAAAAGGUCGUUCAGCUUGGGAUUCAUCAGGGCGUUAGAACAACGCAGAGAAACACCGCCGAUUUCUCUACCCCCAAAGGUCGGCCCCAACACAGAACACCUGGAGCAUCAGGUUUUCGGGAUAUCUCGCUCAAAAGAUUAAUGCAUGCUGGUCUCUAUGCGGAAGCUGGGAGCCAUUGUUGAAGAUUUACCAAUAUCCGGACUAUCACGCGAUCAUUGAUCAAGAUGCGAGCUCGAACUUGCUCUUGCC